AUGAACGUCAUACGGCUUCCUAGAGUCUGGGCAACUCCGAUUGCCCGUUUAUACUAUGGCACGGCAACUCGUAGUAUAACCACCUCGUCCCUGCUCGCACCGGAAACCGCGCCGAAUGUUUUCAGACGGACGGAUAAAUCUGCUUCCAGACUCCAGGCUUCCUUUCGGAGGACGGUAGCUACUCAGGCUGCUCCGGAAUCUGUAACGUCUGAAGUGACGUCCGAAGUGGUAGCUGAAGUAACAUCUGAAGCUUCCGCCGAAGUUAAAGACUCACAUACGCUACCGUCACCACCACCCCGGAACCCCAAAGCAGCUCACCUACCAUAUCAAAUCGGGAAAUCCGCAACUGGAAACCUUCCUGUCUACCAAAUAAAAGCGGCCGGCCGGAUAAAAUCGACAGAGAUAAAGAAAAUAAAAGGAGAUCUGAAAGCUCUCGCAACUGAUCUCAAGAAGGCAUUGAAGUUGAAAGACCACGAGAUACGGUCGAAUGAGCUUACUUCAAGGAUCGAGAUAGCGGGCAAGCGGGGAAUAGAUGUUAAGAAUUUUCUGAGAAACCAAGGUUUGGGAGAAGAUUUUAAGACUUUGACUCCCUCCCAAUCUUAA